CGCGAAAACACUCAUCGUGAUAGUCUCUUGUCGUGCUGUAUCUUAAUUCAUAAGAGCAAAUAUUUGUGUUGAACGUUAUAAUUUAAUUGAAAAAAAUUAUUCCAGCUGUUAUUUUCAAAUUUUUUAAAUAGUAUUUUUUGCAAAGAAUAAGUAGAAAUUCACCAUGAAAUCAAUAGUUUUUGCUGCGGUGUUCAGUUCUGCCUUAGUAUUUGUGCUAGGUCAGCUAGAUUCAGAACAGACUGAAAUUCAUAAAAAAGUAGAAAAGAUAGAAGAAGAUGCUAUCAAAUAUUGUAAUGAACUUUAUCCAGUCUCUGAAGAUAUGCAUUUAAAAUUUGCCAGAGCCGUCGUUAGAGGAGAACCAAUCCCAAUGGAUUUGCAUUCAGAAGAAACGUGUCAUUUGAAUUGUUAUCUGGAUAAACUCGGAUUUACUGAUGAGGAAGGCGAAAUGGAUCCUAACCAGAUUUACACAUUCUUGAUUGAAAAACUUCCCGAAUUAAAAGUCGACAAGCAAAUACUCCGGAUUUUCUUAUUCCAAACUUACCGUUUCAUUAAAGGUAUGCCUGAUAAAUGUGAGAGGGCUUGGUUGCUAUAUUACCGAUUUGUUCAAGCUAUAAUGAUGGCUACUAUAGAAACCAAUUUUCACGCACAAGCCGACGAGGUAGAAAAGUUCGUGUUUGAGGCGUUGGAUGGCAAAAGCUUGCCGAAAGAAUUUAACGAAGCCAUGGAACAAUCCUUAAAAAAUACCGAGUUAUUCUUCGAUCUUGCAAUUUUAAAAUGAGAAAUCUCAGCGAUCAGAUAUCAUAUAAAAUAGAUCUAUUACCAUACUCACUUACUGUUUUCAAUCUUAUACAUAUUUUUAUUCAACUUACCUAAUUCAAGAAAUCGUGCAAUUACUUAAUAAAAUCUGGAUGCUUUGCAAAA